AUGACAGCUGUCGCAAGUGCACCAGUCAUGAGCAAUCGUGAUUCCGGCACCGAGACGGGCACGGAACACAGCCCAUCUCGAUUUACGGCGGUGAAUGGCAGAGAUUCGACGGCCUCGGCUGCGGGGGCAAAUCCCACCCUCGGUACACAGAUGGAUGGCGAGGACCGAGACGCUCCGUCCGUUGCGAAUGAGAACCAGGACGCAUCGCCCCGGGAGAAUCCCAGUCACUCACAAAGGUCAUCACCAAUCGCUCACGCUCACGCUCACAAGCGCAAGCGCUCGGGCUCCGGUGAUCCCGAUUCCCAAGAUUCCCAGGAUGCAGACGGCUACGGACGAGGUUCUAUACCACGUCCCGGAGAGGCUCCGCCCGCCCGUUCGUCAUCGGCCUCAGAGAUCGAGGCGAGCAGCGCAGCGAUCGCCUCCGGUCGAUCCGAUACGAACGAGCCAUCUCAACCUCCGUCGAGUGGACCCUGGUCCGAUUACGAGUCGCGCCUCAUCAACCAGGCUCAACGGGCACAGCAGAUUGAUGCCUCGGAUGCACAGUUGGCGGAUGUGCUACAGCGAGAAGCGCAAGGUCAGGACCCACGAUCUCUGGGUCGUCCUACGACAUCUGCCAAUGUUCAGCCUGCACCAUCCUCCGCAUUUCCGGAGCGGUCGGCAAUUCAGGUAGCGCCGAAGAGGAAGCGCGUCUUCAGCAACAGAACCAAGACGGGCUGCAUGACUUGUCGCCGCCGGAAGAAGAAAUGCGACGAGCAGCAUCCUGCCUGUAAGUCUCUCCCCUCUCGGGAUCAAUGUUCGGGUUCUCCAAUCUCCAUACUGGUCAAAGGGCAGGAAGCUAAUCAGUUUCCUUCAGGUAACAACUGCACUCGUGGGGGGUUUCUCUGCGAAGGAUACUCUACGCGAACCCCGUGGCAGAAACCUUCCAGCUCCAAGGCACCCGUUCCCUUGCAGUCAAAAGAGGGAUAUCCCGAGAUCGGGAGUCAAUACUUACCAGAAGCAGCGCCAUCGCAUGACCGACCGCCUGCCGUGAUAGACCUUGCCGAGUCGCGGAAGAUGAAACCGAUCAUAUUAGAUGAUAUUGAGCGACCGAGCCAGCAGUAUAACACCAGCCCCACGGGCACAGCACCCAGCCAUACGUCGUGGACGAAGCGCGCAUGGCCUGGGCCAGGACCCGGUCAUCACCCGUAUUUGGCAGAAUCAGUUGCGAAACCCGAUUACCGAGAAAUCCCUCCGAUCCAUGAGCUCCCCCGGGAUGGACCGUCCAAACCAGACUAUCAGGUUGUGCCGCCCAUUCGGGAACUCUCCCAUGGAUCUCAUGCAAGACCUAGCAUGCCAAUGUUUCAGGCGGGGGAACAUCGACCACUUCCCUCGGUGACAAUGGAUACGAAUAGUCCACAGGCACAGGCGAGGAUGGCCUUGGGGAUAGAGAACCCCCUUUCCAACCGCGCCGCCGCCCCUGCGGAUGAUACCGAGAAGGGAAAAAUGACCCGAGGAGAAUAUUACCGACCAUUCGAUAUCCAGCUGGUGGAGGAUAGGGAUCGAUGCAAGUGUGCUUUGUCGCGGUUCAAUAAUGCAUGCAAUCCAAUCUAUGGGCUCAGCUCAAAGGAACAGAAUCGCCUGCUUAAAGAAGUCCUCGUUCCGCCAUCGAAUUCGGUCAGCUCUCCAACUGGCCCUUCUACACCUCGUCUCGUCGGCUCUAUCGGGCAAGGAACACUGGUUGAGUCCCCCUUUAGAUGCCACUACGGGUGGAACAUCAAUCUUGAGGCGGAUGUCAUGGUGUCGGAAAACUGCUUAUUUGUCGACGACGCUGCCAUCCAAAUCGGCUCCAAUACCUGGAUCGGUCCCAACGUGACCCUGCUCACUGCAUGUGCUUCUGAUAAUCUGCAGCAUCGUCGGGGCCCACAAACCCUUUAUCAAGCAAAGCCGAUCAUCAUCGAGCAGGACUGCUAUAUCGGCGCGGGGUCAACGAUCUUUCCGGGUGUGCGUAUUGGACGCGGUGCCGUCAUCGAAGCUGGUGACAUGGUGAAACGCGACGUGGCGCCUUAUCAGCUCACCAGAAACCGGCCCGGCUACUAA